CCUGCCGCCAGAGUCCACUUCCUGCUGGUGGCAUCGCGGCCGCAGGCCCCCGCUGGAUUGUCCGGGAAGAUGGAUGCCUGCAGGAGAAAGGCCCUGACCCUGCUGAGCAGCGUCUUUGCCGUGUGCGGCCUGGGCCUGCUGGGCAUCGCGGUCAGCACGGACCACUGGCUGUACCUGGAGGAGGGCGUGGUCCUGCCCCAGAACCAGAGCACCGAGACCAAGAUGUCCCUGCACUCAGGCCUGUGGAGGGUCUGCUUCCUCGCAGGUGAGGAGCGGGGACGCUGCUUCACCAUAGAGUAUGUGAUGCCUGUGAGCACCCAGCUCACCUCCGAGUCCACGGUCAACGUGCUAAAAAUGAUUCGCUCGGCCACGCCGUUCCCCCUGGUCAGCCUCUUCUUCAUGUUCAUCGGCUUCAUCCUGAGCAACAUUGGACACAUCCGUCCCCACAGGACAAUCCUGGCCUUUGUCUCCGGCAUCUUCUUUAUCCUCUCCGGCCUCUCGCUGGUGGUGGGCCUGGUGCUGUACAUCUCCAGCAUCAACGAUGAGAUGCUCUACACGACCAAGGAUGCAGAGACCUACUUCACCUACAAGUACGGAUGGUCGUUUGCCUUCGCUGCCAUCUCCUUCCUCUUAACGGAGAGUGCGGGGGUGAUGGCCGUGCACCUGUUCAUGAAGAGGUGCACCGCCGAGGACGUGUACAGGCCUCACCCCGGCUUCUACCGCCCGCGUCUGAGCAACUGCUCCGAUCACUCGGGCCAGUUCCUGCACCCGGACGCCUGGGCGCGAGGCCGCAGCCCGUCCGACAUCUCCAGCGACGUCUCCCUGCAGAUGAGCAGCAGCCACCCCGCCCUGCUCAGGUGCCCCGACUACCGCCAGCUGUCUUCCUCCCCCUGCUGAGUCCCCGCCCCGACUGCCUGCCCAGACAGCCUUCCCUGCCCCCGCUGCCCUUGGUCUACGGCUGGCUGUCCCCGAGCUUAGCUGUUUCCACCUGACCCGUGUCCCCUCCCUGCUCGCCCAGAGGAGCUCCUGCAGCCCAGGGUGGGUGUCAGGAGUCUGGAGCCAGCGAGCGGGAUGACUGGUUGAGAGCUGGGGGUCACCCCACCUCUUGAGUGCCAAUCACUGGGCGCUCUCCUUCCCUGGGAGAGGUGGGCCUUCCAGCUUUGUCUUCCCCCCCACCCCCGCACCCUACGUCAUGGACCCAGGCCAAGGCCAGCUCUGCGAUGCCAGGUUCCUUCCAGAGACCCAGCUGGACUUGUGUGCUUGCCAACUGGCCUGGCCCUCGCGUCGUGAUCUGGGCUAUGGGGCCAAGAGGUGGCUCUGAUACGGAGCUCUGGCUGGUUCAGAGUCGUCCCGCGCUGUCCUUGUGAAGUCCUCUACCGUUUGUUGUCACCCCCCCCCAUGCCCUGUCCACCUCGCCCCUGCCCCACGGCCUGUGGGUCUUCUUCCUCUUCUCCCGCCAGAACUCAGCUGCCCCAGCUUUGGUCCCCAAGGGGCUGAGAGGGGUCUGAGGCCGCUCUGAUGAAGUCACAAAGAGGUGUUAAUGGCUGAUGAUGUCUUCAUAUGCAUGGCCCGUAAUAACAUAUUUAACAAGGGCCUUUAAUGCCUUAACCCAAAGCAGCGGCUCUGACAAUGAGAACUGCAGAAGGUGGCUGGUCCGGGUUCAUACUACCAAGCACUGUUUCAGGCCCGGGGGAUACCAUCCCCGCUCACAUGGGCAAUAUUUCUGGUCCAGGUCCCUAAAAUCUACUCAUGUAGACGGACGUCUAUACCACCAAAGUAGAAAGAAGGCAGCUUUCAAAGGGGCUGCCUGGGAUUUGGAGCUGGAUUUGCUGACGCCUGAGUCUAAACAAGCCAGACUCAGAAUGAUCGUGCUGCUCUCCCGAGGACGCCUGCCAACAUCGGGGGUUGGCAGUUUAGUCCUAAUACGGGGCAGCAUCUGCUUCCUGGAUAUGGGGCGUAUGUAGGCAGAUAGACGCCUCCAGAAGAUGAGGUGGCGUGAUGCCCGUUUUCCGGGUGGGAAACCUGAAGCCCCUUCCGUGAAGUUCACAGAGGGAAACGGGAAAGGCCCAGUGCUGGACGGGACCCCCUCGGGCCUCCACGCGUCUUCUCGCGUGCCCACUUUGGGAUUUGAGGUUUUGAGUAGCAAAACAACGCCAGGCUCUCUGCUGUGUAUUUUUGCCACACCAGCUGUUCACUCUUUCUCUUGCUCUUUUUUUAAGAUAGCAUUCAGUUCUGGGUGCAAAAAGCCACCGUGGGCAACACGUGGGCUCCGGAAAGAAAUACAGAAAACCGCACUUGUGGCCGGGGUGGCCUUCAGAAGGGGAACGCAUUCGUUUGCUGGGGCUGCCACGGGCUGCGUGGCUUAAACAACAGACAGUUAUGUUCUCACAGUUCUGGAGGCCAGAAGUCCAAGAUCCAGGUGUCAGCAGAUUUGGAUUCUCUCGAGGCUGUUUUCCUUGGCUUGCAGAUGACCAUCUUCUCCAUGUGUCCUCACAGGGUCUUUUUCCUGCACGCCUGCAUGCCCCCUGGUGUCAGACUGGAUAAGAGCCCAUCCUAACAGCCUCAUUUUAACUUAAAUCACCUCAUUAAAGGCCCUGUCUCCAAAUACAGCCAUAUUCUAAGUCGUGGAGGGGAGG